AUGUCCAAGGUAUGGUCGACGCGCUUUCCACUUUCCAUCACUCAAUGGAAACGCCAUCAAUUUCAUCUCCAGAAUCUGUCUAGUCUCCUUUCAUUCCUUCAAAGCAACAUUCCUUCGACACUGCCUCCUCUCAAAAUCUCAAAUAUUGCCCUCGGGACACCACCACUUUCACCUCCAACCUUCAGAAACCCUAACCCAAUUCUUAACUGGGAGACCAUUGCCAAAGAGUUUAUAGCCAUUUUUAACUACCCUUUUUAUGUUGUAUUUGCACCAGUUAGCCCAACCUAUUGUCAUUUUCAUGCCCCUCCUACUAAACCCAAAUGCGAUGAAUUGGAUACAUCCACAGUUAAACUUGGUCCAUGGAUAAGCUUUCAAAAGUUUGCACCUUCUACAUCUCAAGUAUCGACUUCAACAAUGUUUAAUCUUGUCAAACCUUUGGCUCCACAAAGUUUUCCCAAUGAUUUGAUUGGAGAGAAAGCAUGA